AUGUUGUCCACGGAACAAGGCCCUUCAACAGACAUUGAUUUUCAUCUUCAGGCGGCUUGCAAUGCGUUCUAUGCAAAUCUCCGCGUUCUCUGUGACAAGACUGUUUCCCUGCAGCACCGGCUGCGAUAUUUUGAUGCUGUGGCAAGUCCUGUUGCUUGCUAUGCCGCGGGUCACCGAAAAAAAUUCAGGGAGGACCUCCGCAAACUGGAUGUUACUUUCCGCCGUUUGCUUCGAUGUGUGGUCGGUGGCGACCUCCAUCUGCUUGGCAUUCAUUUAAAACAGCAGUGUCGAAACUGUACGGCGGGCCUUGAGCCCGGAUCGGUGCGUUGGUUGCCGGCGCUGGAUGGGGGCAAGCUGCACCUGCAACUGCAGACCAUGGUGGAGGCUGAAGAGCAACGCCUGGAGCGGCUCGCGGAGCAGCGUCGCGAGGCGCUCGCGCGGCUGCAGUUUCAGGAGAGGCAGAGAGACCUGGCUGUUUCGGACGCGCUCCUGGCUGCAGAGGGCGCCGGGGCCGCCGCGCAGCGUGCGGGGGAAGCGAGGCGCACCGCGGAACGUGCAGCCUGCCUGGCCAUCGCAGAGGAGGUCAGUUGCCUUGCAGAGAGUCUUCAGAUCUGUGUGCUGAACGACGAGCCCGAGGAUGCGACGCUGGAGGAUGUGUCGGAUCGGUGUCUGGUGGCAGCGGAGCGAACGAAGGCGACUGCAUGGGGCCCCGAGCUCCGGCGCCUCAGCGGGGAGCUCGCUGGCAGCACGUCACGUCUGGCACCCCAAGGGACUUUGCCAGCUCUGGCCGAAGCUUCGGCGCAGCUUGCCGCCGUGGCCACAGGACUGCGGCAGGAGCCUGGCGUGGGCGUGUCGCUCCCUUCUACGGAGCCGCCACCGCCACCGCAAGGUCCCAUGACAGCCACACCGGCCACCUAUGCCCAGCUGCUUCGUCAGGUGGAUCAACUGCAAGGUGCUCUGGCGCGGGAGAAGCUCAUCAGCUCAUCCCUGAAGGCCGAGAUCGAGGCCACGCGUGCUUUGCGCGGCACCGGCCUGCUGAUCUCCUGA